GCUACUUCGUCCUGCCGUUGGUGGUCUGUGCAGCUUUGCUGCACCCCGUGGUGGCCUGGCUGCUGCGGAGGCAGCGUACGCCGCUGCAGGAGGCGUGCCGGGAGUACCUCAGCGAGCUCAGCUCGUUCAGCCUAGCAACCAUUCCUGCUGCCGAAGACCAGGACCACCCCCGGAACCAAGGACUGUCCAUGCACGCUUUGCAGCAUUUCUGGGAACACUUCAAGCGCUUCGUUCUCGAGAGAAAUAUGCACUUUGUCGUGGCCAACAUCGUGGAGCCGCUCACGGAGAAGCGACAGACAUCUUUCGUAAGCCUCCUGCAGGGCAAGCCAGUGUCAUACUUUGUUUCGCACAGCUGGGCCACGCCCUUUCAGCACUUUGUACAGUGCCUGCAGCGCCACACAGCCUUUACGGGCGCCUUGGAACCCACUUACUGGAUAUGCUCCUUCGCCAACAACCAGUGGGACAUUGCCAAGGAGAUCGGGACCGACGUCCUUGACAGCGCCUUUGCCAAGGUCCUCCAGUCCGGCGUGCAGGGCGUGGUCAUGGUAUUGGACCAGCAGGUCCAGCCCUUCACACGAGUUUGGUGUCUCUUUGAGCUCUUCCUCUCCAGCAAAAGGGCUCUGCAGGUCGUCUUCGCCACAGAUUGCGGCAUUUUGGGGGACGAGCUGUGCGACUCCGUCGGCGUAGCCCUGGAGUUGGGCCGGCGGAUCAGCUGCCUGCAGGUGGAGCGUUGCCAAGCUUCCUCUGAACUCGACAAGCAGCGAAUCUUUGCACACAUUCGAGGGGAGCUCGGUAGCCUCGAGCGCAUGGAUGGCAAAAUCAAGGAUAUGGUCAGGGACAUGCUUCGCAGAAACCUCCAGCAUGCGAGAACCUCCACAGCUACACUCCGCCAGCAGCUGGAGCAGUGA